AAGUCAGAAAUAGACGCAUUUUCUGCAAUGUUGUUACUUUUCGAUGAGUAUCGCCUUUGUCAAUGAGGUUUCACAUUACACUUUUGUUCUAAUUUUGAUGUGUAGAUUUUACCUGUCCCUGUUGAAAUCGAUCAGGAGUUAUUGAUUUCUUCCAUUUCAACAACUAUCUCUUGCAAACGUUCAAAAUACAUUUAAGCAGAAUGCACACAAAUUUAGAAUAUCACGGGCUACAAGUCGUGCAUUCUACAAUGAUGACACUAUUGUGUUAAUAGCAGAGAUUUAUUUUUUAAAAGUUUCUGUGAGUUUCGAUAGUCUGCUGAAGAAGUCAUGCUGGAGACUCGAAACAUUAACUCGCGUUCUCUGUUUUCUCUCUCCAUAGAUGCGAUCAGGCCUGCUGGGUUUCUCCAGCAUUGUCUGUGUUUGUUUCAGAUUUGCGACAUCCACAUUAUUUUACUUUGAACCGUUUUUUUUUCAUUUAAAGUUAUGAUACCUUAUCAGCCACUUUCCAACGCUACAAUAAAUAGUCAUGCUAAGUAAAAACAUGGUCAGAAUGUUGCAGUGAAGUUGUCUGAACUGUAUCUCUUGUAUUAUCGGGGUUAACAAUUCUGUUCAGUCUUCAGAGGGUGAUGUGGGAUUGUAAUACUGUGCGGGUCAAAUCGUUUGCGAGAUUACUGUACAAUUUUUUCCAGAAUCAUUGGAUUCGAAAGGAAAUGUGUCGAAAUGCCCUAUACUUUCGGAUCAUCGAAAGAAUUCGCGGAUUUUGAAUUGCAAAUACGACAUCUUGGAGGUUAGGCAUGAGGGUUGCUUUGUCCACCCAUUCUGCUGUGGGAUCCCGGAAAGGGCGGGUGUGCCUGCUGUCCCCACCCGCCGAGCUGCGCUGUUUGCUUCCAGUAAAAGGCGGAGUCUGGAUCUCUCCGGGUGUUUGUCGAUGGAGCUAUGAGAGCCACGUAAUUAAUUUAUUUUUGAAAAAAACUUUAUUUUCCCCAGGAUGAAAUCGCAGUUGCUUUUGCUUCUGUUCGUGGUGUUUCUUCUGGACGCAGCCACCUGCGUGAAUAAGAAAAAACGAGGCCCAAAGGUAACAGCCAAGGUAUUCUUCGAUAUUCAAAUCGGUGGUAAAGAUGUUGGAAGGAUCAUUAUUGGUUUAUUUGGUAAAGUUGUUCCAUUGACAGUAGACAAUUUUAUCACCCUAGCGACUGGCGAGAGAGGGUUUGGUUACAAAGGCAGCACGUUCCAUCGUGUUAUUAAGGAUUUCUUGAUACAGGGUGGAGAUAUUACUUCAAGAAGUGGAAAAGGAGGAAAAAGCAUCUAUGGAGAUAUUUUUCCUGAUGAAAACUUCAAACUGAAACACUAUGGAGUUGGAUGGGUCAGCAUGGCUAAUUCAGGACCAGAUACUAAUGGCUCCCAGUUUUUUAUUUCAUUGACAAAACCAAAGUGGCUAGAUGGAAAGCAUGUGGUAUUUGGAAAGGUCAUAUCUGGAAUGCCCGUGGUACACAUGAUAGAACUCCAGGAAACAAACAGUGAAAACCUACCUCUUCAAGACUGUGUGAUUGUAAAUAGUGGCAAGAUAGACGUGAAGGAACCUUUUGUGGUUGAAGUAAUCGGAGAUGAGUAGAUAGCAGACUAGUGUCACUCAGGAACAACAGAGGAUAUGAGAGCAUGACGGUUUUUGUAACAUUUUUAUGAGUGACAUACCAAAGCAUGAUUCUACUUUUUCUUUUGGACUUCUGGAGCAAGGAUUGACUUGUACAUUUUGAAGAUGAUUUAUAACAUAGUGAUACAGAUAUGGGCGCAUGGAGCAUCUCUUUCUCUGUAAGAAGCUUACCUGAAUAUAGAGCUGUGAAGAGCAAAAACUAGCCUGUGACAAAAUGUUAAGGCCACAAUUUCCUGUAAACCCAUCCCCAAUCACUGUGACUUCACCUCUGGUCCCACCCACUUACCUGACGGAUGAUAUGGAGUUAGUAGUGGCAUAACCAUUGACUCCCUGAGGGCUCACAUCCCAUACUAGUUCUUAAAAUCAGGCCUGAGGCCCAAUAUUGGUGCAAUAUUAGACCUUAAUGUUCAGGUGCAGGGAAUGCAUAAAUUGAGGAUACAUUUUAAGAUAAUGAGUCAUAGAGUCAUAGGGAUGUACAGCAUGGAAACCGACACUUCAGUCCAACUCGUCCAUGCCACCAGAUA